CGACAAACCUAGACGUGGAUUCCGGAAGCAAAUUUACGAGGUGAAAAGUAACUGAGACGUUCGCUCCAAGGGCUUUCACUGUGCGCAGAUCCAUAGAAACUCGAGAAAUCAAACUCGAGGACAAGAAAAUUGUGUUAUAUGUCUGCUAGACUUCAAGUUCAUAGUUUUAUUCGAUUGAUGAAUAGCUUGAAAGCACAAAGGACACACUUGCCACGACACGCGUCAAUGGCUGCCACUCAAGCUCACUUUCAACCUUCACCAAUACCUGCUCUCAAUAGCGUACUUACCCCAAGCCACAGCACAAGUUCAAAAUCUACAGUCAUGGCUACAGAAAAAAAGCACUUCACGUCGAAACGGUUUGUAGAUGCGCCCAUCUCACAGCCAUCCAAGGCUGGAAUCAGACAUGAGUUUCUAACAGACGUACAAGACGCAACACUUGAGCAUGCGUUGUCGGGCGUUGAUCUUCUCGUGCAGGCCAAAACAGGAACUGGCAAAACUAUGGCGUUUCUUCUCCCCGCCAUCGAACGACUUGCCUCCUCCCGAUCGACGUCCUCUGACAUGGGCAAGAUUCUUGUUCUAGCACCUACACGGGAGCUGGCACUUCAGAUCGAGGAAGAAGCAGUAUCCCUUCUUGCGCACCACCCGUACGGCGUGCAGUCUGUUAUCGGGGGUACAAACAUAAACACAGAAAAAAACCGUCUUAACUCUCCCACUGCUCGCACCGACAUCCUAAUUGCCACCCCCGGUCGGCUCCUCGAUCAUCUGACUUCAGGGCUCACCCUCCGCCCAAGUGUGCUCGUUCUAGAUGAGGCAGACAGGCUGCUCGAUCAAGGAUUUCGCAAGGAUUUGGAGCGCAUCGUAGGAUUCUUGCCUGAUAGGCGGGUAACAAAGCGACAAUGUAUGCUAUUUUCUGCAACUUUUGAUAAGGCGAUCCAGCAAAUCGCAAAGAUUUACUUAGAUCCAAAUUAUAAAUUCAUAUCUACGCUACACGCGGACGAGAUCAACACGCAUGAACACGUUCCCCAGAGUUACCUCAUCACGCCCCUUGAAGACACCCUUCCGACACUUGUUUCCCUCCUCAAGCAGGCGGGUCCGCAGGCAAAGACGAUGUUGUUUUGUACAACGGCACGUGGUACGGCUGUCGUUGCGAGUAUUUUGCAACAAGUGUCUGCCGCGAGCCCACAAUCUAUGCUUCCCCCAAUCUACCAGAUCCACAGCCGUAUGUCACAGGCUGCACGCACACGCGCCGCACAGGAGUUCCGCGACGCCCCGGAAGGCGCGGUUUUGGUUACAAGUGAUGUGACUGCGAGGGGGAUGGACUUUCCAAGCGUAACAUAUAUCAUUCAGCUUUCCCUCCCCAGCUCACCUGCACAAUACAUUCACCGCCUCGGCCGAACCGCGCGCGCAGGGGCUGCCGGCGAAGGCAUAUUGAUGCUCAUGCCAGACGAAGGGUUCUUCUUGCGGCUGCCAGAGAUCGCCUCGCUUCCGUUAACGCCAUACACACAGCUUGAACAUAGUGGUAAUUUGAAGUUUAAGCUAGACGACCGCUCCAUCGGCCAAGCAUAUUCUGCUUGGCUUGGGUUCUACAAGUCCUGGCUGAAGCAACUGCGAUGGUCACCCACGGAGUUGGUGCAGCAGGGCGCUGUAUGGGCGCGGUGCUUGGGGUGGCCGAGUGUGACGGAGGUUGGCGGUGGACCUAGUACUUCUGGUGGUGCUCCAGCGCAAAGAGGCGGAAGGGGUAGAAUUACGGUGCCAACAUGGAUCCCGCCACCUAUCCCGAAGCGCACGGUAGGAUUGAUGGGUCUGCGCGGAACGCCAGGGCUGAAUGUGGUGGAUCGCCUGGAUGAUGCGGGCGACGGCCCAGUUCGGAAUGCGGGAGGAGGGGGUCGUGGAGGGGGACGCGGGGACGCGGGCAGCAGCUUCCAAAAACUGCCAAACCGCUUACAGAAGGGGCGAGUGAUAAUAGGACUGCGCACACACAAGCCGUCAGAAGGGGCAAAGCGAAGGCGAAGGCGGGACAAUAAGUUUUCGAAGUGGCUUAUAUCCCUUGGGAAGAAGUUGGUAGUUAGAACUUAGAGCUGUUAGAGUCCGACAUUACGCCUAUACCUCAAUGCAUUGCUAAUUGAUUGUCUU